AUGAUCAAAUGUGGACAACCUAUUGAAUAUUAUAAUGAAGAAUGUAUUGGAUAUUGUGUUAUUGUAUGUGGUAUACUUGUUCAUUUUAAACGCGUUAUCCUUGCACCAUUAUUUAUGAAUAUAAUUGAAAUAGUUGGAAGUGUUGCUGAAUCUCAUAUAUUUAUGCAUGUUCGUUAUACAUUUCAAUACUUAGCUGCAAAUAAUAUAUUUUAUCAAUUUGUAAUUUCACUUAAUACUGAUGGUAUAAUUGAUAUAUCGGCACUUUUAUUUGUAACAACAAAUGGAGCUGAUUAUAUGAAACAUUAUCUUAAGUUAUCUAAUUUAACAGAAGAUAUAUUAGGUGAACAAUUAAAAGUUGGUCUUGAACAAUAUCUUGCUUUAGAAUUUACUAAAGGUGGACAAACAGUUUCAAAGGCAUUUGUUCGUUUUCUUCCAUGGCUUUAUAAUUCAUCAGCUUCUAUUCAACACGAAGCAAAAACAUGUCGUUGA